AAGAUUCCAGUUACAGAGAGAGAGAGAGAGAGAGAGAGAGAGAGAGAGAGAGAGAUGGGUAGUAGAAGUAGGAGCUGGAGGAAUCCGUGUUUGACAAUGCACCAGCCAUGGGCGUCGCUGUUGGUUCAUGGUAUUAAGCGCAUCGAAGGAAGGUCUUGGCCUGCCCCACUUAGAGGACGCCUUUGGAUCCAUGCUGCUAGUAAGGUUCCGGAUGAUGCUACCAUUAAAGCAAUGGAGGAUUUCUACAGGGAAAUUUAUGCUGUAGAUGGGAUUACUGAUCUAAAGUUUCCAGAGCAUUAUCCAGUUUCAAGACUCUUAGGUUGUAUUGAAGUGGUUGGUUGUCUAAGACGUGAGGAACUAACAUGCUGGAAACAGGUGCCUGAAGGGGUGAGGCUAGAAGGACUGACAAAUUUUUGCUGGCUUUGUGAACAGCCACAGAAAUUGUUAGUACCAAUUGAGAUGCGAGGAAAUCAAGGUGUUUAUGACUUGGAAAGAAAGUUAUCCCAGGCUGCUGUGAGAGGUCUUGUUCCAGUUGAAAGUCCACUACCAUUUAAAUUCCUGCUUCCAAAUCCACGAGAUCCUUUUUCCUUGAAGCCAGGAUCAAUUUCUGUGCGCUUUCCUGAAUCUGAGGCAUCUGAAGUUGAGAAAUCAUCAAAUCUUAGCGCAGCCAUAGCAAGCGCAGUGGCAGCAACUACACAAUUCUCCAAGAAGGAUCACAAGUUUGAAACUAAUUCCUUUCCAAGUAGAAAUGUACAGAAUUUUAAUAGACCUUUUCAACCGAAGAACCACUCUGGUUUUGAUCACAAGAUGCCUGCCAUUGAAGUGGCCACUCCGGUUUCUCAUCUCAGUGAGUGCAGCAGUAGCCACAAACAACUUCCUUAUGCUAAAUUAAGCGACCAUACUGGGGCUCCUAAGAUAUUUGCUGCGGCUGUAAGGGGGCUGAAGCACGCGAAUUCUGUUGAUCCUGCGAAGAACAUGCAAUCUAGAUAAAACAGCAGUUUGUUUUGGUGGGAACAAUGAGCCAGUUGUUUUCAGCAGUUGGAUUGGAUGCCACUGUCAUGCAUUCUAAUUCCUUUCUGUUCUCCUGUUUGUGAAGCAUUCAUGUAGGGGAAGUUGAACAAUAUUGUCAAUUCUUUUUCUUUUGUAAAGGAACUGCAGAUUCUUUGUUUGUUAGAUUGAUUCAUUAGCUGUAAAAGGAUUUGCAAUUAACAUAAUUUUAUAAAUAUAGUCCCAAAGUUCAUAGAAUUUGUCUUGUUAGAUUGAUUCAUUAGUUGGGAUUGGUUACAGCAAUUCUCCGUGAUUUUAAG